UACCCAAGUGAUGGAUAAGCCUAUCAAGUCCCAGGUUCACUUGGUAACUCCAGCAAUCCCAUCGUCCCCUGGCUGGAACUAUGAGCUCACCAAUCUCGACCUCAUCAAUUGGAUCCCAAGGCCGGAGUACCAUGAGCUUGUGUUCUUCUUCCGCGACUGCGUCUCUCCGCAUCAUGGCGAGCGAGAGCUCCACCAAGGCCUCAAGUCGUCCCUGUCCAAAGCACUGGCCGAGUUCCCUGUGCUCGCUGGCCGGAUUUGCCACGGCGAGGCACCUUUCAAGCUUGAGGUGAAUGUCAACUCCCAAGGUGUGAACGUCAUUGAAUCCAGGAGCGAUGCGAGCCUCGACGAGUGGUCGGACCUCAGGCAGUGCCCAAUUUCGGUCGAUUUCUCGCUUUCUGGUGAUCAUGCUGAUCUCUCCCAGAUGUCAUUGAUGCAAGUCCAGGUGACAACGUUUCGCUGUGGAGGAGUGGCCAUUGGCUUCCACUUUCUACACAUGGUCAUGGACGGGUACAGCCUCGUCAAAUUUCUCACGCGAUGGAGUGAGAUCCACCGUGGGGUCUCGCCGAUCAACCCAAGAACUCGCCAAGACUUCACAACCGCGGUGCUGAAAGCUCGCAGCUCUCCAGUCGUGGAUGCCCCGGUGCCUUUCGUCGUAGAAAACGCACAGCAAGAUGCACUCGGCUUCGACUUUGGAAGGGCGGAAGAACACGAAUCGAUGGUGCUGCGGAUGGGUAAAGAGGCCAUCGAUUCCUGCGCCCGAGAGAUCGAAAGCUCCACCAAGUUCGGCUAUGGCAGAGCCACCACCUUUGAGACUGUCUCGGCAUUGCUUUGGUCGUCUAUAACCGCAGCAAAAGCCAUUCCCGGGCAUCUUGAUACUUCCUACAUGCUGCCCAUCAACUUGCGAAGCAAAGGUAGAUUUGCGCCCCAGAUCCCCGAAGACUACUUUGGCAAUGCCCUCAUUCCAUGCCAGGCAUACGCUGCCACUGCGGGACAAGUCGCGAGUGACAAGAGCUUUGCUGCCAAGCUGAUCCACGAGAAGAUCGUUAGCUCCGACCACCUUUGCAUGCGCAGUGCCGUGGACUGGCUCGAGUUAAACUCUCCCAUGGCACUGCCAGCAUCACUUCACUGGAAGCGAGGUUUGCUCUCCACAUCUCUGGGGAGGUUUCCAGUCUAUGGCAUUGAUUUUGGCUGGCGGGGUGGCGCAUUGGCUCAGCUUUGCCUUCUUCCGACUGCUCUGCCGCCUUCGUUUGUGGCGCUGUUUCCAGCUCCAGCCCCAGAGCCGAAAUCGAUCGAUCAGAGCAGGGGCGUCGACAUACACAUCCGGCUGGCGCAAACUCACAAGGAAAAGCUGCUCAAUGACGUCUUCUUCACUCGCAACUUUGCUGACAAAGAGAUCUCUAGCUGGUCAAAGAGUCUGUGUAAGAAAGCCUUGAAAGUUGCCAUGAAAGCGUGAAAGCGUCGCUGUAUUUUCCUUUUGAUCUUGAAUAAAGACCUUCG